GUAGUGCUGCUGUUGCUCCACUGGAGGGAUUCUGUCUAUGCGGCUGGUCACACCAUUUCUGGGAAAUGAGCCUGUUUCCCUCCAGUUCUGCCUCUCAGUAAUGCAUAAACAUUAAGGGGAGUGUCUCCACCCCAGAGAAUAAAAGGCUGAAAAGGAAGCUUGUGACUCAAGACAACACAGGCACAUUUCUGCAAAAACAAGAUGGAGUCUGAGAAGAUGAUCAAGGUGGCGACGCUUGGCAGGCCAUUCAGCCUUGGGAUGCUGUACGACUGCCGCCAGGACGAAGUCAUACCUGGAUUGACACUCUGGGAUCGUGAUGACUUGGAAAAAGAUAAAAGAGAAACCACAAAACCAAACAGUGACUUUGAGAUAGUUGCUUCUGAAUCAAUUGAGGACAAAUCUUCAGCCCUGGAUGUUGAAGCAUCUUUGAAAGCAAGUUUUUUAGGCGGCCUAGUUAAAGUUGAAGGAUCAGCCAAAUACCUCAAUGACAAGAUGACGUCCAAAAAUCAAGCCAGAGUAACACUGAAGUACAAAGCUACCACAAAGUUCCAAGAAUUAUCAAUGAAUCAUCUUGGAAGAGGAAACAUGAAGCAUCCAUAUGUUUUUGAGAACAAAAUAGCAACACAUGUGGUCACAGGCAUUCUGUAUGGAGCUCAAGCAUUUUUUGUCUUUGACCGAGAAAAAUCUGAGACAGAAAAUCACCAAGACAUUCAUGGCAACUUGAAAGUUUUGAUUGACAAGAUUCCAACCCUAACUAUUGAAGGUGAAGGUUCCUUACACAUGGAAGAUAAGGACAAGGAAUUAAUGCAGAAGUUCUCCUGUAAGUUUUAUGGAGACUUCCUACUUGAGAAAACUCCAACAACCUUCCAGGAUGCAGUAGCAGUUUACCAAAGCCUGCCCAAGCUGCUGGGGGCCAGUGGAGAAAAUGCCGUACCAAUCAAGGUCUGGAUGCUGCCUCUGACCAACUUAGAUUCUUCUGCAGCUAAACUUGUCCGUGAAGUAAGUAUUAGGUUAGUUCAAGAAGUACAAAGUGUCCUGGAGGAGCUCAGUGACCUGGAAAUAAGGUGCAAUGAUGCAAUGAAAAACCCUACAGCACAGCAGUUUCCACAGAUUAUCAAAAAACUUAAUCAUUUUAAAAGUUUGUGUUCUGAGUUCAGGCUUGAAUUUCAACAAACUUUAGCAAAGAAACUCCCAUCAAUCCGAGGAGGAGGAGAAGAAGAGUCUGAGCUUGCAAAUGUCUUGAAGGAGAUUCAAUCCUCACCUUUCAACAGCAAAAACCUCAAGGACUGGAUUGACUGCAAAGAGAGAGAAAUACAUACCCUGAAAUCCUACACCAGGAUGAUGAAGAACACCAAAAUCAUCCCAUCUCAAACUAUCCUUAAUGAAGAAGUUCUCAAUGCAGAGCAUGCUGUGUGUUUUGUCUUCAGCUCACUGGAAAGAGAUGAACCGUUCCUCUCUGCUUUGCUGAACUACCUCAAAAGCAAAACCAACUCGGAUGAUUCACACAGUUAUGAUAUCGAGAAGGAACAAUGGUAUCUCUCAAACAACUUGGCAGAUGAAAUGAGAACAAAAGUAAAACUCUUCAAAGACUUCGCAGAGGCCAACACUGAGACCAAGAGCUCAGCAUUCCUGGCAGUAGGUCUAACAGAUGAGAAACAUGAAGGUUCAACCAUCUACCUUUAUAAAGACGGAUUCCUCAUCAGUGAAAACUUUGAGCCUCCUUCUAAGCCUGAAACUGUGACAGCUGCUGACAUAAACCACAGCAGUGUGACUCUGAAGGUUUCUCCUCCCAGCUUUGGAGCAGAGAGCGUCACAUCCUACUCUGUUGAGUUCUGUGUCCGUGGACAAGAUGAAUGGAAACAACAGACUGAACCAAAAUCUUCAGAAAUCACAGUGACCCAACUGCAGCCAAACACAGAGUACAUGUUCAGAUGCAGAGCAGUGACCUCAGCAGGUGUUGGACCGGCCAAUGUCAUCAAUGAUCCCAUUAAAACUUUACCCUGCAGCCCUCCUGGAGAACCGCAAGGUGAACCAAACUCUUCUGAGAUAUCAGUGAGUUGGGAGAAACCUGCAGAGCUCGGACCAGAUGUUCACAUCCUGAGCUACAUUGUGGAAUAUUCAAAGGUAGAAGAUGAUCACACAAGGUCAAAAGGUGAAACGGCCAUCAUUUCAGGACUUCAGUCAGAAACACAAUAUGCAUUCAGGAUCACAUGUGACUGUGGUGGGGCUGGUAGGAGCAAGGAAAGCAAGAUUGUUCAAAUUUGUACAACAAAGCGAGAAUUUGCACGACUUGCUGAAUAUCUAAAAAACAUUAGCAAGAAAACAAACUCAAGCUUCCAAUCAGUCUAUGAACUCCCACUGAGAAAGGAUGAUCUGGACAUCGAUGGCUGCCGAAGGUACAUACUUGGUAAGGAAAGUCUAAGACCCAACCGUACCAUCAUGCUCCUUGGAGCAACCGGAUCAGGAAAGUCCACUCUCAUCAAUGGAAUGAUCAACUUUAUUGUUGGUGUUGAGUGGAAUGACAACUUCAGAUUUAAACUGAUCAACGAGGAUUCAUCAAGAUCCCAAGCUCAAAGUCAGACUUCAGAAGUCACUGUGUAUCAAAUCAACCACCAGGAUGGGUUUAAAAUCCCGUACUCUCUGACUGUUAUUGAUACUCCAGGCUUUGGAGACACCAGGGGAAUAAAACGAGACCAGGAGAUCACAGAGCAAAUUCGAAGGAUUUUUACCUCUGCUGAUGGCGUCACAGAGAUUGAUGCCAUAUGCUUUGUUACUCAGGCUUCUCUGGCACGCUUAACAGCAACACAGAAAUAUGUGUUUGACUCAGUUCUCUCCAUCUUUGGCAAAGAUGUAGCAGAGAAUAUUACCAUGCUGGUCACUUUUGCAGAUGGCAAGCAGCCACCAGUUCUUGAAGCAAUAAAUGUCUCUGGGGUACCAUGUCCCAAAAAUGACUUAGGAUUUCCAGUUCAUUUCAAGUUCAACAACUCUGCACUGUUUGCACAUAAUAAAUGCCAAGAAAACAGCACCUCACCUCAUGAUGAGAAUUCUGAUGAAGAGGAGGAGAGUUUUGACAAAAUGUUUUGGAAGAUGGGGAUCAAAAGCAUGGAGAAGUUCUUCACUUCUUUGGGGAAAAUGACAUCUAAAAGCCUGCUCUUGACCAAGGAAGUUUUAAAAGAGCGAAAGCAACUUGAGACAGCCAUUGAAGGUUUGCAACCACAAGUCAAAGCUGGAUUAGCCAAACUUGAAGAAAUUAAGACAACCAAGGAAAAGAUAAAGGAGCAUGAAGCCAUCAUAAGUUCAAAUGAAAACUUUGAGAUUGAAGUGGACGUCAUUAAGCCAAUCCAAAAAGUGAUCACAGAGAAGGGAGAGUACAUUACCAACUGUACAAAGUGUUCAACAACAUGUCACUACCCAUGUAUGAUAGCAAAAGACAACGAGAAGCAUGGCUGUUCAGCAAUGGAUAACAGUGGAAAGUGCACUGUAUGUCCUGGAAAAUGUAUUUGGAAUGUGCAUUUCAAUCAAAAAUACAGGUGGGAGUACAUCCAAGUAAAGGAGAAGACAACAGUCCAAGAACUGAAAAGCAAGUACGAAAAUGCUGCAAAGCAAAAGCUGACUACUGAGCAACUGAUUGAGAGGCAAGAGGAAGAGAUCGCUCACCUGCAAGAAAUAAUGCUUUCUCUCAUGGAUCAGUCAGCCAACUCUAUCACUCGUCUUCAAGAGAUUGCCCUCAGGCCAAACCCUCUGACUGCUCCAGAUUUCAUCGAUAUGAUGAUUGAAGGAGAGAAAGCAGAGGCCAAACAUGGUUACAAGGCCCGAAUCAAGUCUUUGGAAGAAAUGAAGGAAAAAGCCCUACUCGUGUCUAAAAUGUCACCACGGAACGUUUCUGUUGACAGACAAAAGACGAAGGAAAACAAAGGCUUAAUGAAGAGAUUUUUAAAUUUCUUUGGAUUUCCAUAA